AUUGUUGCUGUGGUUGGAGGAAUGGCACCUCAAAAACAACAGAGACUUUUAAACAAGUGUCCUGAGAUAAUAGUAGCCACCCCAGGAAGACUGUGGGAUUUGAUUUCAGAGCAAUACUCUUUGCAUUUUACAUUUUUAGUGUCGCUGAUGGACAAAGUUGGGCUGCAGAAGAACAGUUGUAGUAAAAUUAUCGAUGUUACCAACAAGAGAGGAACCGUAGAAAGCCUGACAGAAGCAAAGAUCUCAUGUGUAAUUGAAGAGAAGGACCUAUAUCUCUACUAUUUCCUUUCCCGGUACCCAGGCCGUACUUUGGUUUUCUCCAACACCGUGGACUGUGUGAGGAGACUGGGCUCUUUGUUUAGGCUACUGGACUUUGACCCGUGGGUUCUUCACGCCAGCAUGCAACAAAGGCAAAGAUUAAAGAAUUUAGACAGAUUUAAGCAAAGUGCGAGUGGCUUACUUCUGGCUACAGAUGUGGCCGCGAGAGGUUUGGACAUACCAGCUGUUGAGCAUGUAAUUCACUAUCAAGUCCCGAAGGACCCUGAUCUUUACAUUCACCGCAGUGGACGGACAGCUAGAGCGAGCAGGGAAGGUCUGAGUGUCGUUCUUGUUGGCCCAGAAGAAAUGGGAUCAUACAAGAAAAUUAUGAAGACGCUUAAUGGAGGAAACGAGCUAGACUCCUUUCCAGUUGAUGUGUCUUUUAUGUCCUCCAUUAGGAAAAGAAUUUCUCUCGCCAAGCAAAUUGACAAAGAAGAACACAAAUUUAGGCGCAAAAAGUCAAGUAAUGACUGGAUACUUGCCUCUGCCAAAGCCAUGGACAUUGAAGUUGACGAAGAUUUACUGGAAGAUCUCGGAGAUCAGGGAGAAAGGAAAGAGCGACAAGUAAAGCUGAAGCAAUUGAAAGCGGAACUUACUGGUUUGCUGAAGACACCUCUGAUUCCUGCUGGUUUUAGUGGAAAGUACCCGACUAAAACUGGAUCCCUUAUAAUGCCAGGGAUCAAAGCCGACACGAAUUUGGAAGAUAAUGAAAAAGUGGCUGUUGAAGAUGUAAGAAGAAAGAAAAGAAACAAGAAAAGCAAAACGUAACUUGCAUUCUUCAAACGAGGUCGACAACUGAUCGUGAAAGAAGAAGGGAGAUUAAAAACACGAAAUGGAGAAAGAUUCUUACUUGUAACAACUGGACUGGAAGAGAAAGAGUUGAUUUGAGCAAGGUUGACUAGUCAGUGGUAGAAUAAACUAAAAUCUCGUCUUAAAGUCUUUGACCCCGAUGCUAUAUGAAUACAAUGUAACUUGAAGCAAUGGCGUUCAUACAUCUUCGGGACACCACCCUUCAGACUCGCGGUAUAAUACGACUGGACAAAGCAACUAGUCACAGUCUGACAACACAUGUCCACUUUGCGCAUUUUCUUGAUUUGUGAUUUGAAUUGAUUUACAGAUGUUUUGUUCUUUACUCAGUGGCCCGAAUUUAAAAGUUAGGAUUGUUUCAGUCACAUAUUGCCGUUGGUCAUAUGAAGGUUUCAAGAAUGGGUCGGAAAGGAACUGAAAACGCUGUUUUAAAGGGAAAUCAUUUUUCACAUGCUUGACAAAUGUUGUCCACAAACCUUUCGCUAGUUCAUAUAUAUAAAAAAAAUUUUAAAAAAAUAUGUAGAUGUGUAGUAAGCAGGAGAUUCAGUAAAAGCCGGUCUACCGCCGUUUGUUGAGCAGGGUCUCGUGUUUAGGUUUCACCUUACGCCUUUUCUGGCACAUUCGCUUAUUACAUCAUCGGCAGCUACUUAAAUGUAUUGAGACCCCAGAAUGUGAGAGAAAUCGUUGGAAGGCUGUACGAAGAUUUUAAUAUUAAGAGGGCCAAACUACA